AUGCGACUUGGACAUACAUUUACGACCUUUCUUUCAUGGGCCGUGGUUGCUUCGGCCACUAUUCUCCAGAACGGUCAAGUGAGAGAGAAUGCAUACCCGGGCCAGUUACAACCGGUGACUUUGGAUGAUUCAUGGAGGAACUAUCCCGCGGAUGCCCCGGAGAUCUCUUACAAAGGUCGAUGGGAUAGCCAGCACAUUUCUUGGUGGUCUGCACCGGGAAUCAAAGUCGAGUUUUCUGGGGAAAAGCUUGCUGUCCAUUUUGGCCCAAACACCAACACAGGUGUUCUAGUCGCUUACCGGAUCGGCUCUCUUGACUGGCAAUUCUCAAAUAUCACCGCCUCCUCAACAUAUCAAUUUGUUGGUCCGUGGUCAGAGCUCAAAGAUGGUGAUGAACCCGUCGACAAAAAUGUGUUUGAGAUGAGAGUCCAAAUCGCUGGUGUAGCAGUCGCCAAUGGCGCUGUCCUGACUAAGGCCCCGACCUUCGAAAAGAGAGUUGAGAUCAUCGGUGGCUCGCUUGCAUCUGGGCAAUUCGCCACCUAUGAGACAAUAUCCUCAUGGUCCUUCCUCUUCGCCAACGGCUUAGGUAAUGUCGAAUAUGGCAUCACAGCCUAUCCUGGCGUAUGUCUCGCCGAUGAACAAUGUUACAACGGCGGGUCUCGCGGUGUGGGAUGGUACUGGCACCGCGCCUCAGACCCCGGCUCUCGCGCACGUUCAAUCUACGACCGCAACCCCGAGAAGUGGGACGUCAAAGCAGAGCAACCGGCCGAUCUUGUGAUCAUCCAGAUGGGCGGUAACGAUCAUCGCCACCCCAACGACAUCCCUGGCAGGGAUUACUACCAUGCCUACGUCGACUUGGUGGAGGAUAUCCACUCUAACUGGCCUAAUGCAAUCAUCGUCCUCAUGUCCCAAUGGGGAGGUUUCACCAAAGAAGGCAAGAAGUACGUCGGUAGCACUUACUACCAAGAAGAGACCCAGGAGGUCAACGAGCACUUCAAGGACCGUGGUUUCGUCUACUAUUUCCCCACCGAGGGUCUUCUGCAACAUAAUGAUAUUAACCCCAAGAACCAUCUUACGGAUGUGGGACAUGUCAAGAUUGCGAGUCACAUGUUGCAGUGGGUUAAGUUGGUUCUCAGGUGGAACCUUGAGCCCACAGGUGAAGUCCACUCUGGAACUACUUACUGGAACGAUCAGCAGGAAUACUGA